AUGUUGCCAGCAUUUGUGUCUGGGGUGCUGCCGUACAGUGCGAACCUCUUCUUUAGCUGCUUAUCGACAGUGUUCGGGUGGAGAAGGGAUUACAGUAUUUUUGCUUACUACCUUUUCUUGGAGGACAUGCUCUGGCAACAAGAAGAUUCCUGUUUUGAAUUCGUUAAGAAUAAGUAGGAGCUUUUUGAAGAGUGUAGUUGCCGGGGGGGCUCGUUGUGCAGGAUCCAUUUAACCUAACCUACCUUAGUCUGUUUUCCUAGUUCCAUCCGUCAGCAUUAUGAGACCCAAUCAAGAACUCAGCCCCCGAUUCUCGUGUCGUCACCAGCAGCGGCCCUGAGGAGAAUAUGCUGGUUGAAUUGUGUGCCCAGCUAUUAGUCGUGGCUUUAGACCAAACAGACGAUGCAGAUAAGGAUGACGAAGCAAAUCAUAUGAGCCCAUAUCAACCGCACUAUUCCUCGUCCGACGAAGAAGAGGAGGAGGAUAGUGGUUCGAUCUCCAGUUCGGAUGAGGACCAGAUUAAGACAUCAUCUUCUGGAAAUCCAUCUUCAGAAGCAUCUGGAGCCUCCGCGUAAGAGGAAUGGUCCAUUUUUGUGAACACUAGGACCCAUUAUCUUCUUAUUUCAAUCAUUUGCGGAACAACAGGUAAGAACUGGAUCAGUCCAGGAUGUAGUUGAGAUUGAGUUUCAAGAUGGAUUUCGGGAAGGUCUAACCAGAGCAGUGGCACGGUAAGCAGAGAAAUCGCCUACGCGAACGGUGGUGAACAGACUACUAUAAUAUCCUCUUCGACGUCAGCAACAAAUUCGAAGAGGACCGUUGGGGAGGCCUCUGCUGGCGACGUCGAGUCCGCGUCGACUGCGACGACAGGAGCCGCUGGAGCAGCUACGUCUUCAAGCAGUCGGAAGAAGAGCAAACAAUCGAGGAAAUCGAAUGUCGUGCCUCAGCCAAACCUGUUCCGUCAGUUGCUCCGUUCGAUAUCCAAGACAGGCGAUUUGGACUUCAUCAUCGAUGGCUACCUUCGUUUGUUCGAGCAUUCACGGCGUGGGCAUUUGCGGCCAGCGCGUGCCGGGUGCGGGUCACUGCUCUUCGCGCUCAGCAGUUGCAGCACUGUGUCCUCGAGUCCUACGACGAGUACUGCUGGUGAAGCAGUAUCUUCUUCAAGCAGCAUGCUAGGAAAUAUGCUCUCGUCUUCGUCCUCUUCGACUUCAGCCUUCGCGUCUCUAGAACGCUGUGAUGCCUUGUUGCUCCUCCUCUUGUGGCAAAUGCUGAGUGCAAACGAACAUUUGAUGCCCCGAAUCGCCGCACGCGGGAAGAGCAACGCCUUCAUCUUCUUCCUGUUGCAGGUCGCGGCAGCUGCGAAUGCUAGGAAAGUCGAUAGCUUUGCUGAUUUGCAUCUCUGCAGUUUUUUGUUACUCAGGUUUUCGGGUAAUCGAGCUGUUGCAGUCGCGCUGAACCAGCAGUGCGGCACCCUCGCAGAGCAGUAUGAAGACCCAACCUCAGCCGGAUCUGGGGGGGUUGCAAGUAUCUUCUCGAGACUGUUGACAGCAUCAGACUCGACAUCAUCCUCGCAAAGUGGUGGCGCUGGGGACGAUAACGGUGCACCGUUAAGGCUACCGUCGGAGCAUCCUCAGCAUCAUCGCCCCUGGCUCUUUUUCUACUCGAAAAAGAAGCACUCAAGCACUACGCUCUCAAGGAAGAUGCGAACGCGAACGCUCUAACAGCGCCAGCUACUAUUGCAAUCGUUUUACGCUCUACGUUCGGAGACAGCCUAGCCGCGAGAAAAAACUUGAGCUGUGGAGAUGUUUUGAUUAUGUUGAUCUAUCGUAUGGUGUCGGACGCAGUUUCCUCUCGCGAUGACGCUUUGGUAGACCUGUUGCUCACGGCGCUGUGCAACGUUUCGCCGUAUUUGAAAAUUAUGAAAUGUGACCGCAUCUUAAGCUCAGACCGCCGUUCAGUCCUCAUCAUUUCCUACCGACACUACAUGCAUUUACCCAUCCCCAUCAGCAUGAUGGCUACUUCACAGAGCUACGGUAACCUCCUUACCACAACCCACUGUACACACUUCAUUCCUCUAUCAGCAUGAUGGCUACUUCACAGAGCUACGGUAACCUCCUCACCACGACAACCCACUGUUGUACACACUUCAUUCCCCGAAUAGCUGCAUGAUGGCUACAUACUUCACAAAGCUGCCUUAACCUCCUUACCGCAACCCAUUGUACAUCACACUUCAUUCGUCUAAUUCCAACAUCGCCAAAGAGCCCUGUCUCCGCGUUUUUCAGCUUUUCGAACGGCUGACUAAACCAGCUUAUUUACUGCGUAAUGUGGAGGCGUACCAGAACAUGUUCUUCCUUCUGGAGUUCUUCAACAACGUCAUUCAGUACCAAGCAGAGGGAAAUCAGGCACUGAUUUACUCUCUAGUAAGAGGGAAAGAGUUAUGAAAAGAGAAUUAGUAACAUGUUGGUCGUGAGGAUUUGGAUUACAGUUGCAAUUUUGUAGUACUACUAUUUUACAGGAGUCAUCUUCUAUUCGUUGUAUGAUGCUACUUAUUCCAAACUACAGUUUUUUACUGUUCCAUCACUAUAAUUUUGUUGAUUUUAGUAUCUAAAUAAUUUGAGAUUUGUCCAUAAUUAAUGAUCAUCCAAUUUCCAUCCAUUUCAAUAAAAAUGCAAUCUCUUCACUUGGAUUUAAAUUGAUUUAAUUUGGAAUAUAAUCAGAAAUAGUAUGUAAAUUUGAGACUCGUUUAUAAAUAAUCCAAAUUUCAUUCGUUCCGAUCAAGGUGAAACGUCUCCCCUUGAAUUUAAAUUGAAUUAAUUUGGAAUAGAAUCAGAAAUUCUUGUUUUCAAACGAAAAUUUAAGAAUUUCGAUUUGAUGAGAAGAAAUUUACAGCAUAUUAGUUUUUCAAAAGAAACGUAAAAGUUGUAUUUUUAGAGUCAGCAAUUACAUCAACUCCUUGGUCUUCAUUCCUCACCUUCGACCGGUUGAUGAAUCUAGACCUCUUUCCUGAGGAACCGAGUGUGAUCGGGCGAAAUAGGAAGCUAGACGAGGAAAGUACGCCAACGCCAUCGAAGACGAGCAUUAUGCUGAUUUCAGAGUUAGUUCAUCUAGUAGAACAUGAGUCAGUGCUGCGGUUGUCGUUGUUAUUUACAGUGUUGUACCUUUUGCGACUGAAAAAGCAUCUACAUCAGGAGUCGACGCACCAAGUGCUCUUGUCCGCUCUUCGCGGGACCCAGGCUUGCCGUUGUCUUCAAGAGUCUAGAGCAGUUUUUCCAGCAUUGAGAUCGAUUGAAUUUGAACGGCUCCAACUUUAUUUCACCGUGCGCGUUUCCCCUUCCUCGUCCUCUCCUUCUAACUCCCACGAUAACACUGAGCGUAAGCGUGAAUGGUUCUGGGAGUGGAAGGCUAGGAUGCCCCUAGGCGCCAUCCAAAGACUGAUUGACGCGCUAGCGGGAGAGAUCGAAGCCGCUUGUCGAGAGACUGAAGAUUAUGGUGUACUAAUGCAAAGAGACUAAACAUAAAUGUGCAGGAUCCAGAACCUAAACGAGCCUGCCACCUGUGUUUCUGAGGAGAUUUACAAAUUAUAGAACUACUAUAGUUUUCGUCACUUAUAAUAAGACGGCCGAGAAUAGAACUAGUAUCACGGAGGUGGACACAAGGACACAAGAAAGAUGCAGUUGACGUUUUUAUAGUGAGUAAGUGAGCAUAAUCUCCAUACGCAAGAAGCAAAGCCGUAACCUAACCUAACCAACAUCCAAGAAGUUUCAUCUCUCACUAUGUUGUCAUUUUCUAUCUUCUUAUACUCUUCUAAUAUCUCGCUGACGCCGUCGUCGCCUUUCUUAAGUCCAGUACAGUCGUAGGCUUGCUUCCGGUCCCACACGCGAUUGUGACGAGGACCUAUGUGGCGAAUCUUAAGGCGGACAGGUUUUUGGUGUAGUUUCUCUUUCUCUUACCGCAGCUACAGUUUUACUCUUGAUGUCGAGGGAACAGUAAAGCCGCAUGGGCAUCAAAACUAAUGGAGGAAACUAGAAUUUCUACACACGACAUACUUGUCGUCAUCCUGUGGAGUAGGGGUGUUGCGGCAUCGACGUAUUUUACAAAAAAUUAGAACUUCUAGUACUUUUUUUUAUGUCAUAGUAUCAGCAAAAUCCUACCUGCGUCUCUAAGAAUUUCUACACACGAAUCUGGUUUUCGCAUUUCUUAUGGGGCGUUUUAUUCUCCAGAAGGCCAGACUUCUAUCCUUCGUGGGAGAAGAUAAGAUUGCUACCGUUGAGGAAGUAAGUGUUGCAUGAAGAGAGCCCUGUUGUCGAACAGAAACACCUACACGACCUGCUUUUGAAAAACGCGACGACCUGUUGCAGAAAAUAAGUUUCCCUAGUAAAGAGAAUACAAGCUAAACGGUGUGAUAGUGAUUUUGAUUGCCAGGUGUACCUGUACGAAAAUCGAUGUAGACGAAGUGCAUGGUCAAC